AUGUCAACAGCGUUUGACGCUCGUCGACGCCCAAGCCUCUGGUCCUACCUCAGCUUCAAUUCCAAGCCGCGAAGACGAUCGAGCUCCUUGCCCAAGCACGAGACUCCCAGUCCCGACAGCAAAGAAAAUACCCCUCCGAAGGGCAGCUGGGGCAGAGCAGGCAAUCUGGAGGGCUACAAAGAAGCCUCGAUGACGGGUGGGCAAAGGGCGCGGUUGCUGAAGACUGCGGGCUUCAUUACUUUGGUCGUACUUCUCUUAUAUCUUUUCACUUCUAGGGAUGGCGCAGGUGUUAGGGAUAUGGUGCAGGGAGCUCAAAAACCCUCGUCUACUUCUACCACGGAUAAGAAGAUAGCGGGGCCCCUAGGGACAACGAAGUGCUCGAAGUCCAGCUCGAGGGAUAAGCCUCUAAUACAGUAUGCCUUAAUGAUUGACGCGGGUAGCACCGGCUCUCGAAUCCAUGUCUAUAAAUUUAGUAACUGCGGUUCUACACCUGAACUGGAAUCCGAGGAGUUCAAGAUGACGGAGAAGAAAGAGGGAGGAUCUGGCUUGAGCUCAUACGGGGAUGACGCGGAAGGAGCUGCAAAAAGUCUCGACAUGCUCCUUGAGGUGGCUAUGAAGACGGUCCCGGACAAGUUGAAAGGCUGCUCUCCAAUCGCCGUCAAAGCUACUGCUGGUCUUCGAAAAUUGGAUCAGAAGAAAGAAGGAGCAAGCAAGAAGAUCCUCGACGCUGUCCGCAACCGCUUGGAAACCAAAUUCCCCUUCCCUGUUGUCUCUGCCGUAAAUGGAGGUGUUGAAGUCAUGGACGGCAAAGAUGAAGGUGUUUACGCUUGGAUUACCACGAAUUACCUCCUUGGAAAGAUCGGCGGUCCGGACAAGUCGCCCACAGCAGCCGUCUUCGACCUUGGUGGUGGCAGCACCCAAAUCGUCUUCGAACCCACGUUCAAAUCUCCUUCUGGUGGCAUGCCCGAAACGCUUCAUGAAGGGGAGCACAAGUAUGUCUUUAAAACUGGCGGUACAACUUACGAACUCUACCAGCAUUCCCACCUCGGCUACGGCCUCAUGGCUGCUCGUGAAUCUAUCCACAAAUCUGUCGUACAGGCCCUGCACGACGCCUCUCCGACCGACAAAUCAUGGGCCUCGUCUCCUAUCUCAAACCCUUGCAUAGCGCCAGGCAUGUCCCGCGAAGUAAACGUCACCCUCGACAGCGGUGACUUCUAUACCACCACAAUGGCUGGUCCUAAAGACGCCGCCAGCGCGCAAUGCCGUGGCCUUGCCGAGAAGAUCCUCUUAAAAGACAAGCAAUGCGACCUGGCCCCGUGCUCUUUCGGUGGCAUACAUCAACCUUCGCUAGAAAAGACCUUUGCGCGUGAAGACGUCUACAUCUUCAGCUACUUCUUCGACCGCACAAAGCCUUUAGGUAUGCCAGAAUCCUUCACUGUUGCCGAGCUGCGCGACUUGACCGCCAAGGUAUGCGAGGGGGAAAAGGGAUGGGCAAGCUUUGGGGCGGUAGAAGGUGCGUUGGAAGAGUUGAAAGGCCGACCGGAAUAUUGUUUGGACCUGAACUUCAUGGUUGGUCUCUUGCACACGGGUUAUGAUAUGGGCUUGAACAGGGAGGUCAAGAUUGCGAAGAAGAUCAAGGGUAAUGAGUUGGGCUGGUGCUUGGGUGCUAGCUUGCCGCUGUUGAGCCAGGAAUCAGGGUGGAAAUGUAAAGUGACUGAGUCGCAUUGA